CGCCUGCAGACAGACGAUCUCUGUUUUGCCGUGUGUGUUUAUGUCCGGCAGGCCGCGGCCGCGCCCCGCGUUGCCAGGGCAGCGGCGGCGGCCGCCAUGAGCAGGAAGGGGGCGAAGCUGCUGCUGGACUCGCUGGCCCGCUCCGCCAAGCACUUUAACAAAAGCGAAGUGGAAUGUCUGGUCAACCUCUUCGACACGCUGGUGGCCAGGGCCAGCAGCCACUAUGCUGGGGUGGGCUUCGACCGCACGGUGUUCCGGGACACGCUGUACAGCGCCUUCGGCAUGACGGAUGACGCGGUGCUGGACCGAGUGUUCAGCAUUUUUGAUAAAAGCAACAAUGGCUACAUCACUGUGGUGGACUGGGUGGAAGGCUUAGCAGUGUUACUUCGGGGGACACUGGAAGAGAAGAUGAAAUAUUGUUUUGCAGUUUAUGACCUGAAUGGUGAUGGAUAUAUUUCGAGAGAGGAAAUGUUUCAAAUGCUGAAGAACAGCCUUCUCAUACAACCAGCAGAUGAAGAGCCUGAUGAGGGAGUUAAGGACUUGGUUGAGAUAGCACUGAAGAAAAUGGACUAUGACCGCGAUGGCAAGCUUUCUUUUGCAGACUUUGAACAAGCAGUCAGAGAUGAAAAACUUCUCUUAGAAGCCUUUGGACCAUGUUUGCCAGACAUAAAGAGCAGUAUCUCCUUUGAACAGAAAAUUUUCCGGGCAGCUCCUAAAUAGUAACUGGAAGUUGUAACUCCAUUCCUGAAUACCAUUAAAAGGGAUCUUUGUCUUCACCAUUCUUCAUGAUAAAGACAGUAAUAGUUUCAAGUUGCUCCUAAGCUUCAGUGUUCCUUUGCUGUUAAAGCUACUGAAUAAAUGAAUUUACUUCCAUAACCCUA